AUGCUCAUCGGUCUGUGUGGAGGCAUUUGUGCUGGUAAGCACGCCAUCGCGGAGUACUUGAUUCAAGAGCAGGGUUUCCAAUUGCUCGAGUUGGUCAAUAAGAACCCCCUCCAGAUAUCUGAUGGGCCCGAUGAUGAUUUUCUACUGCAAGCUUCCGACAUAAGGCGUAAGAGCGGCCAUGGCUCCGACCUAGUAUUCGAGACCGUUGAUGCACUCUUGGAGUUUGUCACCAAGAGAUGGAGGGAACGGUGGGUCACAACCGAUAUCUGGGAUGGUGCUACAUUGGAUCGGCUUCUUCAGCGACCAUUCUUUCUCCUCGUUAGCGUAGAUGCGCCGGUUAGUUUACGAUGGCAAAGAUUUAGGGAUAGGUGCUUGAGGCGCCAGCUGGAUCCUCCGGAUCUCGAAAAGUUUGUUCUUUGGAACGACCGACAUUUGUAUGACAAAGACAUUGGCCGCGCCUAUUUGACAGAUCGGGCGCAGGUUCGCCUCUUCAAUUCUUCGUCGUCAUUGGGUGAACUGCACGCAGCUCUGAAGGCUCUAGACUUGGCAAAUCCCCAGCGUCUGCGGCCAACUUGGGACCAGUAUUUCAUGCAGCUGGCAUCUCUGGCUGCGCAGCGAAGCAAUUGUAUGAAAAGAAGAGUGGGCUGCGUUAUCGUUCGGGACCAUCGUGUUAUAAGCACGGGGUAUAAUGGAACACCGCGCAACAUCAGAAAUUGCAACGAGGGCGGGUGUCCUCGGUGUAACCGUGGUGAGGGUGGAGGCUCAGGUCUGUCAAUGUGUCUCUGUAUCCAUGCGGAAGAGAACGCCCUUUUAGAGGCAGGGAGAGAGCGCAUUAGGGAAGGCGCAAUACUCUAUUGUAAUACGUGUCCUUGCUUGACAUGUACGGUGAAAAUCGCUCAAGUUGGUAUUUCCGAAGUAGUUUACUCCCAAAGUUACACUAUGGACAAAGAGAGCGCAGCCAUUCUGGAGGCUGCUGGUGUACGCCUCCGUCAAUUUUCACCUCCUCAAAACGGCCUCAUUUAUCUUCAAUCUUUGGGAGAUUCCAACGAAGACACAACUUAG